UUCCCUCCCCACUCCACGCGAUCUGAAAGAAGAGAGAGCCCUAGAUCAAUUCAAAUUCCAUUUACCUUCACAUUCAGCAGCAAAAAAGGGGCUAAUUCUGUUUGUUUCAGCUUGCAGCAAAAAGCAUGGGAGAAACCGCAGAGGACAAGACUGUGCAAGGUGUGGCGGCAAAAUGUUCCGGAAUUUCUCCUUCUGACUUGCAGAAGAAGGAAGGAAUUGCUGAAAUUCGUCCAAUAGAAGAGGAUUUUUCAUCCCCGACGCCGGUGAAAAAGAAAGAGCCGUCGCGCAUUCAGAGCAAAGAUGAGCUGGUUCUUCUUCCAGAGAAGUACGCAGCAUUAUUCGAGUUUUUUGGGCGUCUGAUGAGUUCAUUAAGGUUGCUAAAUCUACGUAAAAAGAGACCAACAUUUCAGAACGUUAGUAGACAAAUUGAAAUCUUGACUGGAAGGAAAUUCCUACUUAGUCAUCUUGCACAAAUCAAAUAUAUACUUCCUGAAGCAGUUCAGAUCGAUAAGAUUCUCAUACACGAUGAGAAAACCAAGUGCAUGAAGUCAGAUAUGAAGAUCGGGUUGCUGUUUGAUGUUGUAAAGUAUCAUAAUGAAGAAGAAUCUGUAUAUGUAGCUCUGAGCACUGUUUUCUCUUUGAGGCUAAGAGACUUUAGUGCCACAAAUCCUGAGAAGGUGUGUGAUAUCCCUGAAGCUGAACUACCAGAUCCAUUCAGCCAAAGAAGAACCACCAUUAAGGAUUAUUCAAUCUCUCAGAAUUUGCCAACUUUGUGUGAGACAGAGAUGUUGAAUUCAUCCCAUCUCCCCCCUUUAUUCCAAACACACUUCUAUCAGAAGACUGCUAUUGCAGAUAUGGAAACGACCGAUAUCUUUUCACAUGUUAAAUCUGCUUGUGAGGUUGAUGAAGUGUUUGAAAGAGUGAGGUCACCUUCUGGCACUUAUUCCUCAGCUGACAUGAAUGAGACUACCCCUAUGAAGCCUUUAGUUGGGAGUGAUGGUCUUGCUGUUGAAACACCAUCACAGUCUACUCCACUGAGACCAAUUUCAGUGCUUACCUGCGAUAACCAGAGCAAGAUGACUUCAAGCCAUAAACCGUCAUCUGCAACUGCUAAGAAAUCAUUAGAUUUUAAUAGCUUUGAUGGUGAAGAUACUUUCGUUUCCCAAAAGCAAAAGCAAAAAUCAAUUAGCCUGUCCGACCUUGUUCUCUUGAUUCAUCAAAUAUUCCAAUCAGUAAAGUUUUAUCCAAUUACAAAGGAAGAGCUUGUUCAGAAAAUUAUUAUGAACAGUUUUGAGUUUGACAAUCGCAGAGACGUUGAAACACAAAUGGAAAACCUUGAGAAGCUGGUCCCGGAUUGGUUUUGUAAGAAAAUGGCACCUAGUGGUGAUCUUCUGUACAAUGUGAGGAAAGUUUCUGAUCUGAACUCCGUUUGUGAAAAAAUUAAUGCCAUAUGAUGAGAGUAGCUAAUGAAAUUGAAGGAAUGCUUUCUUUUUUCUCCUGCUUUCCUACUGGGCGUGGAAAGGAUCCAAAAGCGAAGGCUUGCUACAGUUAAUCAGAUCUUUCUAUAGCAUGUAAUAUUGCACUUGGCAUUGUUUUAAUAUUCGAAAUGAGUAAUUUAUUUACAUAUUACCACA